AUGGGACUGAGGCCUGGGCACAGAGCAGCAGGGGGAGGCGAGGUCAAGAGAAGGAUGUGGGCGUGGGAGCUCCUCCCUCUGCACGAGGCAGCGACAAGCGCUUCUGGAACCUCACUGAGGGCAGGAGGACGUUCAAGGGAGGGGAGCCAGGAGGAACCUGGGCACCGGGCAGCCCAGGGAGACGGGGUCCCUGCCAAAGGCCCCCGCAGGAAGGGACCGGACUGGGAGAGUCAGAGCUGCUCCCGAGCACGCACGAACGAGUCGACUCGCACGCUGGAAGCCAGUGAGUCGUCGGAGAGACUUGCCACCGAGAGCCCCGCGCGCCACGCCACGCCACGCCCGCCCGACUGGCCCCCGACGCCCUGCGCCCUACGGCCCUCGCCCUUCCCGCACCCUGUGCUGCACGCUCUCCCCGGCCUGGCCCGCGCGCUACGUUUCUCAGCCUACUGGGCCCUGGACCAGCUGCUGGGCUGCUGGGCGCCGGCCGCACGCCCAAGCGACCAGAUCCGGCUGAGCGCUGUAGCGGGCGCCGGAGCGGCUCUGCCGCUGCUGCUUCUUGUUGGCCUGCCUCUGGCACUGCCGGACCUGCUGCUCUGGCUGCUGCUGCAAGCCUGGCGCCGUCCCUUCUGCUACCAGCCCCCUCCGCAGUUCUGGGCGCCCCCCACGCCCUGGCGCCCCCCAGUUGAGCCCGCGCGCAGCUUCAGCUUCUUCGGCGCCAACCUGUGCCUGCUCCCCGAUGGGCUGGCGCGCUUCAGCAACUUGCCGCACAGCCAGCGGCGGGCCGAGACCGUGGGCGCCGUGCUGCUCGCCGGCCUGCGGCAUCCGCCCUCUGGGGCUACCGGCUGCAGUUCGCCAGUGCAGGGGAUGCCGUGCGGGGUGCUGAUAGGCGCCAUGCCAGCGAGUCUGGACUUCAUGUGCCUGCAGGAGGUGUUCGACCUUCGCGCAGAGCGACGCCUGGCGAGUCGCCUGGCACCCAAUCUGCGCCCGGUGUCGUACGACGUGGGCACAUUCGGCCUGCAGCCCGGGCUACACCUGAAGCUGCUGGGCAGCGGGCUGCUGCUGGCCUCGCGCUACCCGCUGCUACGCGCAGCCUUCCAGUCCUUCUUCACGCACGUCGCGAGGAUGCGCUGGGCUCCAAGGGACUACUUUCUGCACAGAGGACGGGCUCCUGCGCCGCAAACAGCUGACGCUGUUGCUGGACUGGGCCGAGCUGUCCGAGGUUGAGAGCCGCCAAAGUGACGAGGCCGUGGCCUUCAGUGUGCGCCUGGGUGACCUAAACUUCGAAAACUGCUCGCUUAGGUGAGACGAGGCUGCAGCGGGGCAGGCGGACGGUCCCGCCCACCGAGCGCCGGCCUCUCCGCAGACCACGCGCAGGAGCUGCAGCACCAGUUGUUCAGCCGCUUCCGGGACCGCCGCCGGCUGGGGACGCGCCGGGGUUGGGGGCGGACGGACCCAGGGAGGGCUCGCGGGCCAAGGCUCCCACUGAUACCGCCCUCCCCAGGAACGCUGCUGAGAACCUCCAAUCUCCGCCACUCCGUGGCCUGCUCCGCGGAGAUGCUGAGAUGCUGGGGGCCAGGCAACGCCCGGAAGGAGGGCUGCCCUGACCUUGGUGACGCUGCCACCCUCCUCAGGGCCUUGGAGCAGGAGGAAGAGGAAGGGCGCCGCCACUCCCUGGCAGGCCCUCCCAGGGGAGGCCGCCCGGCUGAGCACUGGCGGGGCCGGCGCCUGGACGACGUCACCUACCAAGGAGGACCCGGAGACAUUCUGAGCCCAGUAAGUGCCAGAGCGCAGGGUGCUGGGCCUGCGGGCGCUGGGUCGACUCCUCAACCUGACUCCUGCCCCCAAGAGGUGGAACAGGUGACAUUCAGCACCGCCCUGGCGGGGCUUACGGACCACCUGGCUGUGGGACUUCCAAGCCCUCCUAAGGCAGGUACGGAGGAGACAGGUGCCAGCACGGGUGGAAAGACAACAGGGACGCAGAACGUGAGGCUGGCCAGCCGCCACUGGAACAGGACGACUUCAGGGAUCUUUAUUGUACGGGGCCCUCCCUCACACAGUCUCCUGGGCCCUGCGGUACUCAUAGACGCUGCCCCGCUCAGGGAAGGCUAGGGGCUGCAGGAGCGACGCCGGCAGAGGGGCGGGGUCCUCCGGGUCCCCAUAGCCCCCGCCGCCUGGUGUGUGGAGACAGAACACAUCCUGUGGGGCAGAGGGGAGGUUCAGGCUGGGGACGGGCCCUACCUGUCUCCUGCCACAGCCCCAUCCCCGGCGGGGCAGUGCUUCCACAGCAGCCAGCUGGGACCCCAGAGAGCCGGUCUGCGGCCCCCUUCCUUCAGGAGCCAAAUUAAACUCCGUCUCUAGUUA